AUGGGUUACGAUCAGGCAGGCGUCACUCGCUCUCUCAACACCAUCCAGAACGAGCUGCAAUACCUUGCUUCACAGGGUGUCAUAGCUCCCCCACAGAUGCAGUCAAUCCAAGCCCAAUUACCGCAACCUAACGGCCAACCGUCCCAGUACAUUGACCCUCGAUACGUCAAUGGCAAUCAGCAGUUCAACCCAGCGUUGAUUGCACAGCAAGCACAGGACCCUAACAACCCUGCGCAUCCUCAGAACCCCAAGCAUCAUGAGUGGGCAGGGAAGCUGGCUCACAAGUUUGGUAACGCGGCAGUCUACGGAGCGGGUGCGACGUUUGGUGCUGAUUUGGUGAACGAUGUGAUGAGGAAGUUUUAG